CGAAAGAAGGAUUUCAAAACAACAACAACAGCAGCAAAGAAAUUUCAAUGGUUUGAUCACAUUACGAAAUUGCCCUGUGAGUAGAAGCAUCACUUGUGUCAGUAGACACAAUCAUCGUAAAGAAAUUACCAUGGAUCGGUUCUUGUCAGUGUUGAAGAGACCAAACAAACUACAAGACAGAACAGAAGGGACACGUCAAAGCCUGAUGUGGUAUCUGACCAGUACCAGAGGACAGAUCAAACUUCUUCAUGUAUUUGCAGUGUCUUAUGUGAUAAUAUUCUGCUUUCUUGUCUGUUGGGCAUCUGUAACUUUGGGAUUACCCGUUGUUCUUCAAGAUUCUCCUACGCUGCUCACGUGUUCUCAGGGAUUAAUGAUUUACUUGUGCUUUUGUAUCGAGGCAAAUUUUCUGUUAAUUAAAUAUAGAGCAAAAGAUUCCCAUGUUCUUGAAUCUUCCUAUGGACUGCUUCCUAUGAAACACAUGAACAAAGUUAAGCAAGUGGAACAAUAUGCCUGCAAUAAAAGUUCAAAUGGGACAGUAGAAUCAGACUGGAGGAUUUGUUCACAUUGCAAUGUCCAAGUUCCACCCAGGGCCCGACAUUGUUCAAUCUGUCAGACUUGCGUGCUGAAGAAGGAUCACCACUGCUUCUUUACAGGAUGCUGUAUUGGCUUUUACAACCAAAGAUAUUUUAUAACAUUUUGUGUACUUGGUAUGGUGGGGGGAUCAUGGGGUCUUUACAACCUAGGCACAUAUUUGUCAACUCAUUAUGCAGCAUUUUUUAGCCUUCAAAUAUACAAAUAUUUUCUCCCAUAUAUGGUACUAUCCGCACUGUUAGGAUAUCAGUCAUUUUAUGAACUGUUCCUCGUAAUGCUUUUCUUUUGUCACAUAACAAGCACUGCUACAUCUUACUACUACUUUGUAUGGCAGAUGUGCAUUAUUCAAAGAGGUCAGACAAGCUACGAAUAUAUGACAAACAUCAGGAUCUAUGAGCCAAACUUUUGGUCUGGAAUGAAGUCUGUGUUUGGCCCUUACUGGCUAGCUGGGUUUUUUGUACCAAUUCCUUUUAUUGUAAAUGAAGGUGAUGGAAAAAGCUGGAUGUCAAAAACUAAAAGUAUGUAAAUCCUGAUGUAGCCAGUAAAGUGAUGGGUCACAAAAUAUUUUAUAGAAAUAUUGUUUAUAUUUUGGAACUAGUUAAACAUAUGUCACACAGUUUUGUAUCUUCACUUGAUUUUUAAAUCAAUGGUUACUUCCAGUAUUAUAAAUUAUACAUGAUACUACUUUAUGCCUGUACUUUUGAUGAAUACAACUAUGGCCUGUAAUGAAAACAGGGAAAAAAACUUCAUUAGGUCUAACAAGUCCUUAAUAGGAUUGUCCACCAGUAAUUGGCAUUCUUGCGAUACCGAAUAGUUACUUCUUAAAUUAUCAGUACAUACAAUUUCAUAAUAAUCUUGUUGUUUUCCAUUUAGAACCAUAUAAAUAAAAAAUAUUGUACCAUUUUUAUGUCGUAAUAAUUUUAAGGAAUAAUAUAUAUUAUUGAUUGUUAAUGACCUUAUUCUAAGUAAAUAACCAUUUUCUUGAUUCACCGCCUAACAGGAUUGUCUAUUAUUUUAUGUUUACUUUCGUUUACUGUGAAAAUAAUCAUCCGCUCCCAUAAGCCUUCAUUAUUGCUUAAGAUAAUGAAUUUAAAACUAUACAUUUUUUUAUUGCACAUGCAACCAUUAAGUUAUUCUGUAACUAACUGGAUUACUCUAAUUUUACAACUAGGACGGGCUGUUGAUCCUUUUGCAUAAAACUGCAGAUUCACGGACAUAUACCUUUUAUGGUUAAUUUUCUAAUCAAUUGUUCCUGAAUACACAUACCCCACUUUUUAGCUCACCUGAGCACAACGUGCUUAUGGUGAGCUUUUGUGAUCGCCUUUUGUCCGUCGUGCGCCGUCAACAUUUGCCUUGUUUACUCUCUAGAGGCCACAUUUCUUGUCCAAUCUUCAUGAAAUUUGGUCAGAAGAUUGGUCUCAAUGAUAUCUUGGAUGAGUUUGAAAAUGCUUUUGUUUGCUUGAAAAACAUGGCUGCCAAGGGGUGGGGCAUUUUUCCUCAUAUGGCUAGAGUAAAAUCUUGUUAACACUAGAGGCCACAUUUGUCUGAUCUUCAUGAAACUUGGUCAGAAGAAUCAUCCCAAUAAUAUCU